AUGGCGACAAGCGUGACCAAUGUAUACCUCCAAGUGGUUGAUGAUGUGAUCAGCAAGGUCCGCGAGGAAUUCCUCAGUUUCGGCGUCGGGGACAACAUCCUCAACGAGCUUCAAGGGGUAACCCUCGUUCUGAGAACUUUCAUCGUCGUAGAUUUCUAGGUUUAUCUCUCGACCUAAUUCUUUUGUUCGUGGCCUUUUCUGUGAAGAAUUUCUGGCACGGAACUUGUUGGAACUUAUUUUCCUAAAAAAAAUUAUAAUUUUUUCUUAUUUUUGUGUUUUACUUUAUUUUGAGAAUUUCAGCUUUGGGAGAUGAAAAUGGUGCAUUGUGGGGCAAUAAGCGGUAACACAGAAAGGCCUCCCGCUCCGAAGAAUGCUGCUGUCGUCACCCCUGUCCACGAUCUGAAUGUCCCCUACGAAGGAUCACUGGAGGAGUAUGAGACUCCGACGGCUGAGAUGCUAUUUCCACCUGUAAUCCUAUCAGUCGACCUUACUUCCGUCACCCCUUCUUUUAGGUCUAUCCUCGAAUGAUUUAUUCUUUUUGUUUUAUUAGUAACCUUUUGCUGUCCAAUUCUGUCCGCAGACGCCUAUGCAGACUCCUAUCCCAACUCCUUUGCCACUAACAUCAGAGAAUCUGAUGUACCAAACUCCCACCCCAGGUGACUUUGCAUCUACCGAUGACACUAAUGAAAUCGAGAUGAAAGUUGGGAGGCCUAGCCCAUACAUGGUAUCUUAUAAAUUGCUUGUAUCAAGGGUCAUUUAUCAGUGUCAUUUCGUACUUCUAUCCUGUCCAUUGUCAAGCUAUCAUUGAAUUCGUAUAUUCUGUUUCUCUUCGGCAGUCACCUUCACCUUGGAUGAACCCGAGACAACUGGGAGUUGAUGUGAAUGUUGGUAAGCACAGUAAAGCUGGUGCAUUAACACUAUUGCUUUAAAGAUGAUGUUGAUAAACUCUGUUGUAUCUCUUUCUUUGUCCUUGACUUUUAUUCAUCAGCUUAUGAUGAAGGAAGGGAUGAUGUCAACAGGGGAGCUUCUAAUCAGCGUAGUACACAGGUACCUUAAUUUCAUGGCCAUGUAUUUAUAUUUUGCUUUCCCUUCACGAAAUUAGAGUUUUCUCAUGGAAGAUGGAUCCAAAGUAGUUUUUUGAUCUUUUAGGUAAACGGGGAGAAGAAUAUUCACUUGCUUGCAUUUAAGCCCUGCAGUCUACCUAUACACUUUUCUGUAUUUUGACGCCACAUUUUUCAUAAAUACUUCCAUGUAUUAAAACACUGCACUGUUGAAAUGAAAUUCAGAUGCCAUAGUUUUGAAGUUCACACAUUUGAUUCCAACUUUGCCAGUAUCGUCUUGCUUUUUACUUUAUGAUGGCAUUCCCUUAUUUGACCAAUCAUGGUUGGCCAUAUGCCUAUUUUUUUACCUUAUCACAAAGGAAACGACUUUGAUUUUCGGAACGCAUUGAGCUAUCUUUCAUGGAAUUGGAUGUCCUUGGAUGACUAGUUGCAAGAUACUGGAAAAAUCUGUCUGCUUUCACCAUUUAUCUUCAAUCUAGCUGGGUUACACAUGUUUUUUUUGAAUCUCAUGGAUGAGGUUUUCCCCUCAUUGUUGUUUCGCCUUUCCUUUUGGGCUGCCUGGGUAAAAGAGUGAGAAAAAUGGAAUAGGUUGAUUCUAUUUCCUGAUCUUCACAAGUUCAUGUCUGCCACCUGAAGAUUGCAUUGUCAUAGCUGAUAUCCAGGAUGGAUCCCAGUUGUACUACUCGAGGACCUUCCUUAUAUGUGCAAGUUUUGAUAUUCUGGUCUGGCAACCGGGGAAAAGAUAGGGGAGAUUCAAGUAUGGAAAAGUUGGAGGGUCAAACUGGGAGAGGAUUAUGACGAACCUUGUAGGUCCUUUGCACUUGGAGAGGGGUUCGUCAAGUUUCAAAUCCCUAAAUUUAAGAAAUCUUUUGACAUGCUGGAAUGGGCUGUAUUUUCAUUGAUUGGAUAUGGUUUUAGAUCAUGGACUCUGUUCUUGUGAGUUCUUGGGGUCUACCUUGUAUUUUAGAUUACCUUAGAUUUGUUGAACAAAGUGUCCUACAUAAUACUUCCACUUUAACAAGUUGUAUAUUCCUCGUCAUUGAAUUUUGCUAACAUGAAUAUAUGCACGUUUUCAAAAGGAAAGGUUUUUUAUAUGAGUAGACAUAUUCCUCGAUAGAUAUUCCUUAUUGGCAUAUUUAAUUUCAUUUAUUCAAUAUUUACUAUGGUCCAUCGGAAAAGUUUGUUGAGUGCCCUGCAUUUGUUUGUCCAUGGUGUCUAAUCGCCAAGAAACCCUUAGUGAUGGUGACUAAUGAUUCUUUGAUGACAGAAACGAGCAGUACAAAGUAGAGACCUUUUUUUGUUAAUGAUAACAGAACCCGAUUAUUCCCUGUGCACUGUCAGGGUCGCUCGCAGGUUGCCUGAAAACCGACGUUCCCCUUUUUUUGGGCACAAACGAGAUAACUUGAAUGAGAGAAGCAACCUCUGUCAAAAAUCUACACAUGUUUUUGGAUUAGAUUUUUGGUUCUAUGUUUUAGCAAUUCUUCAUUUCUAUUUAACUUCGACCCUGUGUCUGUUUGUCAGUACUUUUCCUGAAGAUGUCCAGAUUUUCAUUUAGGGUUCCAUUUUCUAAUUCUCAAUUUCCUGUCCUAAUUUUUCUGCCCUACAAUUGUUUCUGUCAUCAAUGAUGGUCCCUGAAUUUUACUUUCAAAAGGAAACUUUUGUUUUCAUGAAAAUUUAUGCAUUAAAAUAAUUUUAUAGAUAACUUUUGGUUUGCUACUGGCAGUAUCUACUUGUUGGUCAAGACCAAAAUGGUUCUUUUCAUUACAGUUGGGUUCAACUUAUGAUUGUCUUAAUAUUCGGUUCAAAAUGUUCAGGAUUUUCUGACGACAAGUUCUGGCAAACGCAAACGAGAUGAUAAUGCGUCGAGAUUCCCCCCAGGAGGAAGAUAUAUUCCCCAGCAAGAUGGAACUUGUGAUGUUGGAAUUGAAAUACUUUUUCCAGAGGUACUCCCACUUUUGUGUUUUUAAAAUUGAAUCGGUAGUCAUAUCUGCACGCAGAUGGUCAUUACGGAAUCUAAUAAUGGUAGAGUAUCGUUCUUCUCACCUAAUGUAGUAAGAACUACAAUUUUCGCAUCGUACUUCAAACUUUAAAUCUGCAUUACAAGGGUAUGAGCUAAAAGGCUUUGAUAUUUGAAUAUAUUUGAUGACAGAGAGGCAAUGUUAAUGACACAGUUUUUCUGAAUUAGUUACAAUAUGAAUUAGCUCAAACGGACUCAAUUUUGGAUUGUGCGAAUCUAAAAAGCACAAUAUGAAUCAAUUCAAACGGACUCAGUUGUAAAAAAUAAUCCACUCUUUCUUGACAGAAUGUUAACCCGGAACUUUUUAUUUACUCAUGUGCUUGACUUAUUUUAGUGGACAUCGUCUUUUAUUUAGCCAUGUACAGUGAUCCUGGUAUUAUUAGAAUGCUUGUUAAAAUGACCUUGAAAACCAUAAUCACUCCUGGCACUAGAAUGGUUGGUCAAUGAAAUAGGUUAGGAGGAGAGCUUCACCUGGGGAUUCAUCUGUUUUUUAGUCUACCUUGGAAGAGUAUCAGGAUGUCUCAUAAUGCUGCGAUGGUAGGAAACUGUGAAAACUUUUUUAUUUGACUCUGCUAUACUGAUUUAUUGUUUAUUGCCCUUAGUAGUAGUUUGGUCAUAGACUGUGGAGACAGAUGCUCUUUGCGCAGUUUUCCUGAUUGAAAUUGAGGUUUUGUACUUUCAUUGGCGGAAAGAAUUAGCAAUGCAUAUGAAAUGGGGAGGUAAAGUAGGUGCUGCAAAAAUUGGGUGAAGGAUGAAAUGUAUAGGUUAUCCUAAUAAAAGUAUGCAUUUUAAAUUAUGAAGGUUUUUUGAAACAAACAGAUUUAUUUUCCUAUUACUAUAGAAUUUUUAUUACGUAUUUCUUAUAUGUUUUCAGGACUUUCUUUCUGUCAUAUAUCCGGGAAGAAAUAAAAGAAAAUAAGAAUGUCUGGGUAGUUAAUCUUUCAUAUAAGUUUGAAUAAUUUCUUUAAGUUUAUAGAUUUGUUGGUUUUUGGGGGGCCAAAGUCCUAAAAAAUCUCUGCAGGUUCUCUUGUUUUUAUUUUAUUUUAUAUUUCCCACUUAGGGAUCACACUUUUCGGCCAUUUUUAUCAUUUCCUGUCAUGCUUGCCGGGUAUUCCCCACAAAAUCCCAUUUAUUUUGAAAACAUUUUUUUUCUGAGAAGUAUAUAUCCUACUGCCAUUGUUAUUUGCACUGUUGCAGUUUUGAAAUUCUCCUUUAAUUUGGAAACAAAUCGUCAACACCAUCAGCAUGUUUUUUACAAUGAGAUGCCACGAAUCCACGGCCACUCGUUUCUUUUGCUUCAGGGAAGUGAGAUGGGACAUCCAGUAACUAGGGAUGGCUCAAAAACGGCAACAUCCGGAGCAUUAUCUUUUCAACGUCCUGGUCUUUCUUCUGAGCUUCCACAGCUGGAUGGAAUGGACGGUGACGAACCUCCUCUGAAUGAGGAUGAUGAUCUGGACGAUCCUGAGCAAGAGGAGGAAGAACUGAACACAGAGCAUCUGGUCCUGGCACAGUUUGAUAAGGUGAUCUGGUUUCAUCCUUUGUUCCUCGUUCAGUUGACUUAACCUAAGACUUCCGUUUGACCUCCUGCCUUCAUUGUUUUCUAGGUGACGCGGGCGAAAAACAAGUGGAAGUGUACGCUCAAGGACGGAAUCAUGCAUAUAAACAGUAAAGACGUUCUCUUUAACAAGGUGAACCUCGCGAGUGCUCUUGAUUCCCUGUGAUCCCUGUUGGCAGAUCAGAAACUUACUGCAUCAUAUGUUGCGCUUCAAGCCUUUUGAGAACCAGAUGAGGAUAUCAUCCCGGGCCACAAUAAUUUACUGAGAUUAUAAUAAUAAUAAUUAUUAUUAUUAUUAUUAUUAUUAUUAUUAUUAUUUGGGGGGGGCAAUUUUCUUUAACCCAUAUCUUAUUUUUUGUCUCCAUUUUUUACCAUUUUAUGGUUCGCAUUGCCACAUACUUUUGCCUUUCAAUUUGGUUGGUUCAUCGUCUGCCCUGGGCAUUUCAUGGCUGUCGAUUCUCUAGAGGCCUAGAACUGUUGUUUGGAUUCAUGGCUGGAUGAUGCUCCCUGGGUUUCAGUCGGAUCUUGGUGCUCUUCCACCUUGCUUUUCUCUCCAUCUGAGACCUUCUUCGCACCUCUUGACCAUUUCUGGCUACCGGGUGACAUUCCUGGCGUUGGUUUUUCAGGCAUCCGGGGAAUUCGAGUUCUGA